AUGAGACGAGGUGCUGCUGCAAGUAAAGAAGUUUGUCUUGAUGAUGAUGAUGAUAGUUGCGAUGUGGGUGAUUUUCAGGAUGUAUCCAAGGGUAUUCUGAAUCGACAUCUAGAAUCUUUAUUUGAGAAAAGUGCUUCUGUAAGAGAGGAAUCACUAGCAGCAAUUGUUACGGCCUUAAAUCACAAGCCACAACAUGAGUUCGUGGAGGAGAAUUUUGUUACGUUACUAUAUCAAUGCUUGAAUUUCACAAAGAAAGGGUCUGCUCAAGUGCUACUGCUAGCAUCAACGGCCGUUGGGUUGAUGGCAAUGUCAACUCGUUGCGCAGAUAAUGAACGUCAAGUUUAUAAAGAUUCAAUUCCUGUACUUUCCAAACUUCUCAAAACCAAGUCUAAUAACUCACAGAUACUACAUUGUUUGGCCAUGGUUGCUUUUUUCACUGCAGAUAACUCAGAAGAGAUUGAAGAAGCAAUGCUAUUGAUAUGGAAUUUCAUAAAUCCUGCAUCUCAAAUUGAUUCAAGUAAACAUCCACCAGCUGUUCUAGCAACUGCGAUAUCUGCUUGGUCCUUACUUCUCUCAACCCUUGAUGGAAGGAGAAUCAGUCAUAAGUAUUGGCAAAGGGCAAUUUCAUAUUUUUCAGACCAACUAGACAAUAAGGAUAAAGAAAUCUGUGUAGCCGCCGGUGUGGCUUUAGCUCUGAUAUUUGAAACCAACUGUUUGCACAAGUUCACAACUCAUGAAAGUGUUAUUUCAGAAAAGCAAGAACAGAAGAACAAAAUUAUCGACAAACUGAGAAGACAGUCCUAUGUUCUAUCAGAUGUUGUAAAUUAUUUUGAGGAAGGGGGCCGUCCAAAUAAACAUGUCACGAUUGGUGAACAUGAAAUCACUUUAACAACAUGGUCUCAGAUGAUACAGCUAAACUGUAUGAGGCUUUUUCUAGGAGAAGCUGGGUUUAUCAACCACAUGAUGGGAAAUGAAAACUUCCAUGAUCUUUUUGAGCUUAUCCCGAAAGAAAAGCAUCCUCCAGCCGAUAUGUCAUACAUACCAGAAAGAGAAGAGGUCAGUGUUCGCGUUUUCUUGCCUGGGGUUCUAAGAUCGAAACCAAUAAGCACAGCGAGACCACAGCUUCUUCCCACGAAAAUGACCAAGUCUUGCUUGAGUAAGGGAAGGACCAAGUUGCUGAACAAGCAACGAGAAUCUUCGAAGGUUGUCUCUUCUUAA